AUGGAAAACAAAAGUCAAGAGCCCAACGUUAGUAAAGACAGUCAACUACAAGCUGGUGUCGUAAUGAGUUCUAGUGUAUUGUAUGAUGUUGAGACAGAUUCCAUGUGUGCAAAUGAAGACAAACAAACAAGAAGAAAAAAACGUGAAGAUGAUGCUGAGUUACAAAUGAUGAAUGAAGUCGAGCCUGAAAAAUAUAAAACGACGAUGAACAGCACAAAGGAGAUUGACGAAAUUGUUGACAAUUCACAGUCCGAGACUGAAAACGAUGAACGAAGACUCUCUCAAUCAUUUGGGAAGACAAUGAGUCUUUCUCAAUUGGAAAAAUUGAAUUUAUCAGAAUUUUCCUCUACUUCAACAUCAAGCGGUCAUUUAUCAGACCUCCACGACAAUGACCUGAUGAUGGAUUUGUUUGAAGACAAUGUUAAUAACAAUCGAGUAACAUCAUCGCAAAAUUCAACUAGUAUGAAAAACGAUAGUCAAGAAACAUCAUCACAAAAUUUAGCUACCAAUGACAAAGAAGAUGCAGUAACUUCAUCCCAAAAAUUAAAAAGAAAUCACAGAACUGCAUUACAAGCAGCAGUAGCCGAACGCGGUGAUGGGACGGCCGAAGCAUUCAAAAAAAGGUUAAACCAAGUAGCUGUCAGGCGUUUCCUUUCCAUGGCACCUCGAUCUUACGACAUAGCUAAAGUCUUAGAUGACGAACGUUCCUUCGAAACUAAAUACCGAUGUUUUGGCGACAAAGAUAAGACCUCAGAACGUCCUAAUAAUCCCUAUCCUCACGACAGAGAUUCCGACCUAAGGUUUGCCCGUUUUGUCCAAAAUCAGAUGUAUACAGGCGAAGGUUAUUAUCGGAACAGAUCACGGGGCCGCUCGCAAAGUAGAAAUUACAGGGGCCCACCGGCCGGAACAUCAGGAAGUACCACCGAGACUCGCGAAGAGACAGUGCUAGCCAUUGAUAAAGCCAUUCCCCCUCCACCUAAACCUGCCCAAAAACCCUCUGUGACAGAUCAAUCAAUAAAUGAAUUAAAAUUAAUGCUCGCGGAAGUGAUUAAAAUCCAGAAAACUAACUCAGAAUCCCGCCAUCGCGAUCGAUCAAAGUCCAGACACAGGUCAAAACAUUCCAAAUCGAAAGAUCACUCGAGCAGAAAAUCACGCAGAUCCCCGUCGAGUUCGGAAACCAGUAGUAGUUCAUCCUCAUCCGAAUCAGAAGAAGAUACCCAUAAAAAGUCCAGAAGUAAGUAUUCGAAGUCCUCCAAGUCGCAUGAAAAGUCUAAACAUACGAGCCGUAAAAAUCGAGAUGAAAAGUCAGCUCCCUCAUCUCGUGAUCAGUCCAAAACCAGGUCCUCGAGCCAACAUUUAAACGGGGAAACAGCUCGCCGUUCCGACGCUGCAACGGGCCAAGCGAAAAAGCGUCCAGACUCCUAUAUUGUCGCCGCAGGUUAUGCCCAGAUGAAAAAGAUGCAGAAGUCAUAA